AUGGGUUUGGACGAUACCGAUGCUGUUAAAGCUAAAGGAAAUUGUCAAUCGGAGAAGAAAUCUAGCGAGAGUGAGAAGAAUAUGAAGACGAGGAAUAAGAAGAAAAACAAUGGUGAUAUCAGUAAAGGUGAAGAAUUGAGAAAAGCAGUCGAAGAAGAAGAAGAAGAAGAAGAAAGAGAAGCAAAUGGGUGUUGGGUCAAAUUCAGGUUUAUGAUUGGUUGCAUACCUUCAAAAUCAGAUGUUGAUGCUUCUUCUUCUUCUCUCUAUGCCACUACCAGCACCGCUACAACAAUGGAAAGUAAAUCAGCAAAUGAGAAAUCAAAUGAUCAUCAACCAGUUGGUCCAGUUUCUUCGACAACAACAACAAGCAACGCAGAGAGCUCUUCAUCAACUCCAAUGAUAAGCGAAGAGCUCAAGCUUUACUCUAACCUGAGGAAGUUUACUUUCAAUGAUCUUAAGCUAGCAACUAGGAAUUUCAGACCUGAGAGUCUUCUCGGAGAAGGAGGUUUUGGUUGUGUCUUUAAAGGAUGGAUCGAAGAAAACGGAACUGCUCCUGUUAAACCUGGUACUGGACUUACAGUAGCAGUCAAAACCUUAAAUCCUGAUGGACUUCAAGGUCACAAAGAAUGGCUUGCUGAGAUUAAUUUCCUUGGUAACCUUCUCCAUCCAAAUCUAGUCAAGCUCGUCGGUUACUGCAUCGAAGAUGAUCAAAGGCUGCUUGUUUACGAGUUUAUGCCUCGAGGAAGCUUGGAGAAUCACCUUUUCAGAAGGUCGUUGCCUCUUCCUUGGUCUAUCCGGAUGAAGAUUGCAUUAGGUGCUGCUAAAGGUCUCAGCUUCCUCCAUGAAGAAGCCUUGAAGCCUGUUAUCUAUAGAGAUUUCAAAACGUCCAACAUUUUACUUGAUGCUGACUACAAUGCAAAGCUAUCAGAUUUCGGACUGGCCAAAGAUGCUCCUGAUGAAGGCAAAACCCAUGUUUCUACUCGAGUUAUGGGCACAUAUGGUUACGCAGCUCCUGAGUAUGUAAUGACUGGUCACUUGACAUCAAAGAGCGAUGUCUAUAGCUUCGGUGUGGUUCUGCUCGAAAUGCUGACCGGACGAAGAUCAAUGGACAAAAACCGGCCAAACGGUGAGCACAACUUAGUGGAAUGGGCAAGACCGCAUCUCCUUGACAAGAGAAGGUUUUACCGGUUACUUGAUCCGAGGCUUGAGGGUCAUUUCUCAAUCAAGGGUGCUCAAAAGGUGACUCAGCUAGCUGCACAAUGUCUUAGCCGUGACCCCAAGAUUAGGCCAAAAAUGAGUGAUGUCGUCGAAGCGCUUAAGCCACUUCCUCACCUCAAAGACAUGGCAAGCUCUUCUUACUACUUUCAGACAAUGCAAGCCGAGCGUUUGAAGAAUGGGUCAAGUCGAUCUCAGGGAGGAGGAGGAAGCGGGUUUGGUUCAAGAAACGGGCAGCCACAACCUGUGUUGCGGACACUGUCUAGUCCUCAUGGUCAACAUGGUUCUUCGCCUUAUCGACAUCAGAUUCCUUCUCCGAAGCCUAAAGGAGCAACUACAUAG